CCUUAUUCAAUAGCGCGAAACACAGGUUGCGCGGUACAUCCCAGUGUUUAUGAAGUUCUAAACAUAACUCGGCCGCAGUAUCUCUCACCGCUGAAAACAACAGAAAUUGAUUUUAACGUCGCGGAUGUCUGAGUCUGCUUGUGACUAUCUUAAAAGGUUUCUGUCUGAAGUUGAUGGGAUCCUCGGUAUCUUUGUUGCGGAUAAAGAUGGAGUCGUUGUUGCAAGUGGUAAACUUAAUUUUAUCAUCAAUGUUAUUUACUAGCCACAAUGGAUGAUAUGCCUGAUCAAGCACGCUCACCAUAUGUUACUGCUGCUUUUAUCGUAUCAUUACAACAAGUAAACAAACUAGAUCUUGGAGACUUAGAAUGGAUGAUCACUAGCUAUCAAGAGAUGGUGAUCUGCCAGUUUCAUUUUACAUGCCAAUCAGCUUUACCAUUAUUUCUGACGGUUGUUGGCUCCAGUGAAUGCAAUAUAGGAGCUAUAAUCGCACUUGAACCAUCCAUUCGUCCGUUAUUAAAUCGUUUAGCCCCGGAAGCAUCAUCAAGAAUACAGAAUGAGGCUAUGCUAAGCCGUACCACAAAUGGUCCUUAUUUUCGAGUAUAAUACUCAUUAGGUUUUGGGAUUAUUUUUCGGAGCCGAUUUUUUAGUUGUGUAAUUUAUCUUGUAUAUUAAUCAGAAACUGUACAAUAAUACUAUUAAAAUUUACACAUUUUAUUUCUAUCUUGGUAAUUCCUCAAUAUAAUAUUUUGCAUACUUGUACUGAGUUAUCCCAAACUAUAUGAUUUGUAGUAAAGGUUUUGGAUAUAAACAGCCGACCAAACCUGUUUGCAAUUGAUAAGCAUAAGCAGUUCAGUACGCACUAUAAAAUAAUACUAAAUAAGCUUACAUUCAAACCUAAUAUCGAAUAGAUAUGAAUUGGAGUAAACACUGCAUAUGGACAGUGACGCUAAGAAAAUAAACCGUAAAAUGUGUGAGAUUCAUUUCAAAGAACACAUUUUAUCGCAAAAGUAUGUUUAUUAAAGCGGUGGGUUGAUAAAAUGUUGGCGAUGUUAGAUCUCUAGAACUCGAGGUAAAUAUCUUAUUUUUAUAUUUUGAGUUUUUUCGCGCCAAAAGCGCUCAUUCCGUUUUCAUUUCCCACACUGGUUCGUUGUCUCUUCAUAUGCUAUUUUGUAACGUUUCCCAAGGAUAUUUUUUAUGCUGUAUAUAUGCGUUUAAGUUGUGCUUGUUGUUCGGGCUUCUGACUGCUUGUGGAAUACAUUCCCCUCUUCUGAACCUGGA